CAAUGAGGCAACGGAAGAAAUUAGGAGCAUUUACCUUCAGCUGCGAAUUGUUCCCUUAUGUGACAUGGCGUCUGAGAGGAAAGUUAGUUGUUCUUAAGCGGGGCACGUCGGUCGACAAACAUUCAACUUUUAUGACAAUUGAUGAAGAGACGGCUUAUUUGCAAAGCCACGGAAUUCCGCUAAGGACUUGCAUUGAUGGUAAUGCAUGCAAGGAAAACGCAGCGGAUGAGCGAUGGGUACUUCGAGAAACACCAGGCCCAUCCCUAUCAGAACUCAAAAUAUGGGUCAUCCAAGGGUUAUGGGUCAAGCACAGAUAGGUAUGAUCGGAUUCGCGACUCACCCAAUGGGAACUAUCGUUCGGACAGUCCGGAUUCACAAUCUCCCAGAGAGAGGGAUCGUUCUUACCAGUCUAAAGGCUCAUAUAUGCAGAAAAUAUAUGAAAAGGAGAGAGAAAAUAGAGACUACAAGAGAGGCAAACAUUAUCCAGAUUGUGCCAGAUCACCAAAGGAUAAGCGCUCACGCGACUCGGAACAUAGAACAAAUCACGACCGAAGUGACGACAAAAGCAUACUGCAUCCUAUAAAAGUUUCACAAAAUCUUUCAUCUAGGGAUCGGAAACCUAUGCAUAACAAUUGUAUUGAUAAGAGGGAUGAAAGGGAUAGAGGAACAAGAGUUGGUGAUUGGUCAGAGCACAUUAGUUCAUCUGGUAAAAAGUAUUACUACAAUUGCAAAACUGAAGUAUCACAAUGGGAGAAGCCGCGCGAAUGGAUUGAUCGGGAGAGGGAUAGAUGUAGAACUAGGGAUAGGGAUCGUGAAUUGGAUCGGAACUAUGGUAGUUCCAGCCGCUCAGGAUCACGUCAUGAUAAACAUUCCAACUCAAGAAGCAGUAAUAGUAGCAGCAGCAGCAAAGAUGUAUUGCGCGACGGCGCCACGGGCAGCCAGCACUGGAGCUCGCGAGACGAUGGGGACCACAAGGAGCCACGCGGCUCGCGAAAACAUCCGGACGAGAAUGCGACUCAAGACAUGGAUAUCUCACCCGGCGAUAGCACACCCACAUCGGAGGUGUCGUACUCGACAUCUGCCCACGUGCCGCUGGAACAGAACUCACACGGGCCUGUGCUGCUUGCCAAUGCGCUGCCGCGGCUGAUUUCACAUCCUCAGCAUUUGCCGUCAACGCCAACGACGAUUCGUUCGGAGUCUUCGCCAUUGACGAACCCGGCGAGUACACCGUCAAUGGUGCCGCCGCCGUCGAACAUUAUCACAACAUGCAGUGCUCCCGGACCGCCUGCCUCGCAUCACGCGAAUAAUUCGUUGAAUGACGGCAUCAACAGCGAUGGUAAAAGUUUAUCUUCUAGAAUUUUAAGUGAGAAUUUAGGUCAGCUAAGUGUUGACACCAAUCAUACUGGAGCAUCUGGCGAGGGCCCCCCUACGCCGACACAUUCAGAGGCACCGGAGUGCAAUAAAGUUGCGGUGCCCUCCGGCAGUCCACCAACUGGCAGCGGUUUGUCUACCCUGCAAGGCGUCUCGAGUUCUUUACAAGCACUGCGGCCACAAGGCCCAACGAUUACACCGUCGUUAGCAAAUCACGUUAGAGAUGAUUUAGUUAACCAUGUACGCGGAUGGCCUGCAGAUAUUUUAGAAAAACAAGCACAGAAACUGUCUGAAGAAUCACACAUUAUGGGCAGCAUACAAUGUUCCAAAGUAUCGGCAGAACUGAAAUCGGCCAGGUCUACAGUGAGACUUACGGAAAUACAAGCCACACUUCAAGAGCAGAGAGUUUUGUUUCUACGUCAGCAGAUUAAGACGUUGGAAGAAAUGAAGUCUCAAAAUUCGUUUAUGUCGGAUGACUCUUAGUGUGCAAAAAUUAGUGUUACUUCUCUCCCUCUAAAGAAUAUUUUAAUUAUUAUUUAUGUAAGUGACAAAAUAAUUGGUUGUAUUUAUUUAUACUACACGAAAAAAUAAUUGAAAGAUAAAGAAGCGCGCCGUGCUGGCUCAGUGCACCGUUUUUAAAGUAACACGCGAUUUGCACAAUUUCGUACAUAGUUACGCUACGAGGCAACGUGUCGCAGGUUGCGUUACGAUUAGUUUGUGUCUCACUAAUUUUCGGGCGAGUUAAUUUUUUGUGGGCAAUCGGUAAUGGGGGAACGUUAGGUACAAUUUAUCUUAAUUCCUAAAUAGACACUCUGUGUGGCUUAGGCGAUAAAUAAGAUACCGCGGUCAGGUUGGUUUAUCUUUUCUAUGUGCAGAGCAUCAUAAUUCGUCGCGCAUGGUGAUUAAAUAAUAGAAAAAACAGAGAUGUGGUUUCGUCUUAAACGCAAGUACAUUUGAAGGCGCCCGCGCCCGAGAUUGGUGCAUAGGGCCCCGUCAAGCAUUUCAUUUUAUUAUUAUAAAAAACAAAAAAAAAACGCUAAAGGAAUCAUAAGAAUAGAUGAUAACUAAAGACUAUCUCUAGGUAGAUUUAUUGAUUGAUGAAAACUAUGUGACUUUGUAUUUGUAUUAUGAUGGUUUUAUGUUUUAGAUUUUAGUGAAACAAAUUAAUAAUCCUCUAGGCAUAUAGUUUUAUUACUUUCUGUCUCAUUACUUCCUAGAUGUACAUUUUCGUUUUCGCUGUAAUAUGUAAAUAUAUUUUAUAAUAUUCAUCAA